AUGGUGAAACCUAACUCUUUGGCCUAUCUUUCUGCCACUUUUCUUCUUCUAACUGUCUCCACUUUAGUGUCUGCACAUUCCUCACUCCACCACACUUUCCUUCAGUGCCUCACACACCACACAAAAAACUGCUCAACCCAACUCUCCGACAUUGUCUUCGCCAAUACCAACCCCAAAUUCCCCACCGUGCUCCAAAACUACAUCCGAAACGCGCGUUUCAACACCUCCUCCACGCCAAAGCCCUUACUCAUCGUCACUCCCCUCACAGAAUCGCACGUCCAGGCCGCUGUAAUAUGUGCCAAAACCGUCAACGUUCAACUCAAAAUCAGAAGCGGAGGCCAUGACUACGAGGGUAUCUCGUACAUCUCAAAGAAACAUCCUUUUAUCGUCCUCGACAUGUUUAACCUUCGCAAAAUCAAGGUAGACAUAAAAAACGAGGUUGCAGUGGUUCAAGCUGGUGCAGUGAUGGGAGAAGUUUAUUACAGAAUCUGGAAAAAAAGUAAAGUUCAUGGAUUCUCCGCGGCGGUGUGUCCCACUGUUGGCGUCGGUGGCCAUAUCAGUGGAGGAGGGUACGGUAACAUGUUGAGAAAAUAUGGUUUAUCUGUUGAUAAUGUCAUCGACGCGCAAAUUGUUGAUGUGAAAGGAAAUCUUCUAAACAGAAAAACAAUGGGGGAAGAUCUCUUCUGGGCUAUUAGAGGAGGUGGAGGAGCCAGUUUUGGUGUCAUAGUGUCGUUUACUAUUAAGCUUCUUCCUGUGCCUAAAACGGUUACCGUUUUUCGCGUUGAGAGGACUUUGGAACAGAAUGCCACUGACCUUGUGUUGCAGUGGCAGCAGGUGGCGCCAACUACUGAUCCCGGGCUUUUCUUGAGGCUACUAUUGCAGCCGGAAGGGAAAACCGUUACAGCCUCAGUAGUGGCUUUGUUCCUCGGAGGGGCUAAGGAGCUUGUGUCGAUUCUGGAGAAGGAGUUUCCGCUUCUAGGGUUAAAGAAGGAGAGUUGCACUGAGAUGAGAUGGAUUGAUUCUGUUCUGUGGUUUUACGAUGAUAAGAGUCUAAAAAAUGGCGCCAAACCUGAAACCCUAUUGGAUCGCCAUGUAAACACUGCUUUUUUUCUUAAAAGAAAAUCUGAUUACGUUCAGAAAGCUAUUCCAAGAGAAGGGUUGGAGUGUAUAUUUAAGAGGAUGAUUAAGUUGGGGAAAAUAGGACUUGUUUUCAACCCUUAUGGAGGGAGAAUGGCUGAGAUUCCUUCCGAUGCCACGCCGUUUCCUCACCGUAAGGGGAACCUGUUCAAGAUUCAGUACUCUGUGAACUGGUUUGAUCCUUCGGUUGGUGCGGCUAAGAAUUUUACGAAUCAGGCUAAGAAGCUGUACAAUUACAUGACCCUUUUUGUGUCAAAGAAUCCCAGAAGUGCCUUUUUGAAUUAUAGGGACCUUGAUAUUGGAGUUAACCGCUUUGGUAAAAAUAGCUUUCAAGAAGGAGAGGUUUAUGGGGCCAAAUACUUCAAUAACAAUUUUCAGAGGCUCGUCAAGGUUAAGACCAAGGUUGAUCCAGAUAAUUUUUUCAGGAAUGAACAGAGUAUUCCAGUAUGUCCGAGCAAAGCAUAGGGAGUGAAGAAUAUUCCCUAUUUAGGCAUCUCUAACCAACAAACUUGUAUGAAAUUCUAUACUACAUUUUAAUGCUUAAUUAUA